CUUAAACCUCUAAACAGACAACCAAACAGCAUGAAGGUGGCUUACUGGAAUCUGACUAGGACUUAGCCACCUAACCAAAAAGACCCAUAGUGUCAGCGCCGGGCCGCGUAUACAGACAGCCUAGUGUAAUUACGAGGCUGUUCACUUUCUUCUUCCUAGCACGCCGCCGCGCCGUCGACUCGAACGCCACUGCUGCUUGCCUGCUUCCCUCGAGCAAGAAGCUCAUCUCCUAACGGCCGAUCUAACGACACCGGGCCGGGGAAAGCGCGAGCCGUCCUCGAUCUCCUGCCGGCAACGAGCUCCGGCGCCGGAGUCCAUCACGAUCCCCUGGUCUGGCCCCAGCGAUGGCGUCGUCGUCGGAGCCUUUCGCUGGGCAGGGAAGGCGCGUCGAGCCCGUUCGCGCCGCCACCAACAUCGGUGCUCUGCCCCUGGACGCCCUGUACGACAUCCUGCUCCGCCUCCCGGCCAAGGAACUCUGCCGCCUCCGCCUGGUGUGCCGGUCAUGGCGCGCCCUGCUCUCCGACGCAGCCUUCGCCGCUGCCCACGCGGCACGCUACCCUGAGCCACUCAUCCUCGUCGGCUACAACAACGAUCCUGUAUUAGAAUCAAGUGGUGACUGGAAAUACCAAGGCGUCAUCAGCGUCAUGGAUCUGUCCGGGCACGUAGUCAAGAACCUGCGUGUGGACGGCCACAUCAUGAACAUGUCGCUCCACCUCGCCUGCGUCAAGAAGACCGGAGACGGCAGCUGCCGGCUGGUGAACCCAGCCACUGGAGCCGUGCACCACGUGCCCAGAGAGAAUCCGGCUUACGGCUACAGCGACAGAUUGUGCCCGUUUGGGCAGGUUGCCAGCACGAGAGAGUACAAGGUGCUUCGAAAGGUUUCCUAUUCGCUCAAUGGCAACCCUCGUGUUCUCUAUGAGAUCUGCACCAUUGUCGGUAGGAGCAGUGCUGUUCAUGGUCAGGCGCAGUGGAGGAUGAUUCAGGAUCCUCCAUGCUGUAUUGAUAUUGAUUGGUGCGCCAAGGCCAGUGUGGUCAUCGAUGGAGUUGUCUACUUCCUAAGCAAGAACUGUGCAUCUUCUGCUGGUGGGGGUGGUUCUGAGAAGCAAGAUUGGAUAGUGUCAUUUGACCUUGAGACAGAGAGGUGGCGACCAAAUAUCAGGGGACCCCAAGGCCUUAUCAUCCACAAUGGACUGGUUGUUGAGAAGAAGCUUUCAUUAGUCAACCUAAAUGGCUCACUGGUUAUUGUUCAUGUCCGGUAUCCCUAUAUGGACCUUUGGUGUCUGUUGGACUCCGACAAGGGCCACUGGGUCAGGCAAUACAGCAUUUCGAUCAAAGCGUGCUACCGCCGCAGUCUGUUGUCCUUUACUCCCUUGAUUGUGUUAGACGAUGGCAGGAUAGUCAUACAUAUCAAUGGGUUGGGACUGGGAAUGUUGAAGAUUUAUGACCCCAAAACCAACAAGGUGUCGAGCGUUGUGGAGACGGGUCUCAGCAGUGCGGUUAGUGUGUACACAGGAACCUUGCUGAGCUUAGAGUGGUGAGGCCAGUAUCUAUGUUGUGGAUUUGUGGUUAUUUGUCCGUCUGGUUUAUGUGAAAGACUUUGGCUUUUAUACUUUCUUUGGUCCUUAUCGCUAUGAUAGGACUGUUUCUUGUUUCUGUUGGCGAGGAGUUUGUUAACUGAAACAUGCAUGUUCAGAGAGUUAUAAUCUUUUGCCUUUUAAACUAAACUGCACCGUGACUAGAUUUGCUGCCAUUGCUGACUGCUGUUGCCAAGGCUGACAAGGGCUAUGUAUGAUCCUUCUCCAAUGUUAUAAUCCGUUAUUAAUCACCAUUAGCUUAGUUUUGUUUAUAGGUUUCUAUUGACAAGUCAGUUGAGUAAUUGUCAACGGAAGCCCCAUCCCCGUGGAGACAAUUUUGAAAAUGGCAUGCAAGGUGAGCUCUUUUCUGUAGGAGGGAGGGUAUUCCUGUUCUCUUUUAGUAUUCCUGUUAGUUAUUGAGCAAAACACUGAAACAGAGAUUUGAUUGUAUUCUAAUGACAUGAAUUGAGUGGUAUAUAUCAUGAAAAUAUAACAUCUUGUGAAUUGAUCUACAGUUUCUAUAUCUUUAAGGAUAGACGAACUUCUGACCCCCUGCCCAAAAAGUUCACUCUCUCAAUUAUUAUUUGGAGAACUAUUUGGUACCCUGUUUGGUUCUACUAUACCACAACGUUUCUAGCACUGGUGGCGUGUUUACAUGGUUUUGUGAAACUACAUACAAAAGUUGAGGUUCGUAAUAAGUGGCAAGAUCCAGGAUACUCAAGAUUUUGUAAAGUUUGAGGUUUUAGAAAAAUUACUCUGAAUUUUAUAUAUUGUUAAAAUUUACCUUGUGGUGAUUUGUAACACCAAGACAUGGAAUUUUGCUGUCAAGAGUUGCUGACUUGCUACACCCCAAUACUGGUCAAUGGGAUGAGGAUUUAGUUUGGAAUUUGUUUUGGCCAGAAGAUGUACCGUUCAUUUUGGUAUUACCCACUCAUGUGGAAAUUCAGGAUUUAGUAGCCUGGCACUAUGAUCCUAAUGGUGUUUUUUCAGUGAAACCGGCUUACAGAUUAUGAUGUGAUGAUCAUCAGCAACAAGUACACACAGUUCAGGUGCAGCAAGCUCUGGGAGAUCGGGUGAUGAGGGCAAGAUUUGGUCGGACAUUUGGAACUUGGAAGGUCCGGACCGACUGAACAUUUCAUUUGGAGAUUUGCCCAUAAUUCUUUGGCGCUGUGUUCUAAUUUAGAAAGGCAUGGCAUGAAAACGGACGAAUGGUGUGUCAUGUGUAACAGAGUUGGAGAGGAUGGCUGCCAUUUUUUCUUCAGGUGUAAACAUGUCAAGGAGCUUUGGCGGUCUGCAUGUCCGGAGAUUUGGCGUGAAAAGUUAGCAGCCUCUAACACAGCAAUGCAGGUGGUCAAUGUGAUUCUGGAGAUCAGAGAUGAUAGCCGAAUGAAGAUUUUGUUUCUAUUGUGCAACUGGUGGCAUGAACGAAAUUCGGUCAGAGAAGGUGAACAGAGAAAGCAGCCCGAAUAUUUAGCUAGUUUCUCUGGAAGCAUGCAUGCGUUGGAAGUGAAGAAUUUGAAUAAGUCCAUGCAAAGUGAAGGGAGCACACGAAGCAGGCAGAGAAGAUGGAUUCAAGCCCAGGCAGGAAAACUAAAAAUCAGUGUUGAUGGAGCAUUUAGGGAAUCGGAUAAAAAUGGCAGUUGGGGUUACGUUAUCAGGAAUGAUGCUGGUGGAUUGAUUCAAUCCGGUUCAGGUAGACAGCGGUAUGCAUAUGGUCCCAUGCAUAUGGAGCUGCAAGCAUGUAUCGAAGGGGUAAAAGCUGCAAUGGUUUUGGGCAUUAGCGAGAUCAUACUUGAAACUGAUGCAACCAAGUUGUAGAUGCUCUCCUUGUCCUUGGUGAUGGUUUCAGAUUAUCAAUGCUGGGCGGUCUGGUGCAUGAGUUGAAGGAGCUGCUUACUGAAAAUUUUUAUGUUGCCUCAAGUGAAAUAUGUACCGCAUGAAUGUAAUCGAGUUGCUCAUGAACUUGCAUUGAUAGGAAGUAUGAGUGCUGAGGGUAUGCCCUCUGUGAUGGUCGGAGUGCUAGUAUGUAUGAUGCACUUGGUGUCCAAUGAUUGUGGUGGUUUGGUUGCUUGAUAGUAUGUAUGAUGCACUUGGUUUGGUUGCUUAAUGGUAAAUCAAUGAGUUUUCUGAGUA